AUGUCUAUUUCGUCGUUAAUCGUUCCAGGUGCAGCGGGCGCUGUGUCCGCUGUUUUGGGGGCAAGAUCAUUCAAAAGUGGCUACCAUGAUCUCGGUCUCCUCUUCUGCACCGGAACAGCAAUUAGUAUUUACUUCUGCUACUAUGAUUACAAGCGUCGAUCACAGCCAGACUACAAAACAAAGCUUGUUGCUCAACGUCGAGCAGAAUUCGAAGAAGCAAAUACUCCUCAUAUCGUCAAGCUCCUCGGCACCCUUCAGGGUCAAAUCAUUCCACAGGAUGACGGCGAUAUCAAAUUUGUUGUUAACCCAAUGAUGCAGCAGCAGCUCGUCAUGCGAGAGGUGCAAACUGGAGAGAUGCUCCUCGGACAGGGCGACAAAACAAAGGCCCUGGAGCGAUUUUCUUCUGCUGCUGUUCUGAGUGCUCUUUCUGGCGGUACUGCCAAGGGAGACAACCUCAUCGCUACUGUUUCUCGCAUGCUGCCAAAUCUCGCUGCGGUCCUCCAACAACAGUACGAAAAUGAUUACAACGCAGCCAGAGCUCACUUGAAAAAGGCAGUUGCUUCUCAAGCUCCUGCACAGAAGUCGUUGACCCGAGAAGAGAUGAUCGCUUCUCUCAAGACGCCACAAGUUGCCCCAGCUGACACUUUGGAAGAAGAUUCUAUUGAUGACUCUGACGAGGAGAAGGAAGAUAUUGAGGUCCCAAAGCCAGCUGAAGAGAAGGUCGAAGCUAAGGAAGAACCCCAGCCAUUCGAAGCGCAGGUCCCAGUCGUUGCCGCUGCUCCACAGGUUGAGAAAGUUACUGUAGUCGUCGAAAAGAAUGAAGAAAACAAGGCCGAAGAAGUUGUCGAUGAGGAAGCCGUCGUUGAAGAAGUUGCAGCCGAGCCGGUCGCCCAGGAGCCAGUUAUUGAAGAAGCUCUCGUUGAAGAAGCUGCCCCAGUCUCACAAGAUCUUGAUGAGCCAAUGAGCCAGCCAGAAAUCUUGACCGACAGUGCAUUCCAAGAGCCCGCUUCAUCUGUGCCCGCGAAAGAGCAAACGCCUGAGAUGGACGACGAAGACCUCGAAUAA